AAUUUAGGUUAGAAUCGGAAAAUAUUACGAAAAAUCGAUUCAAAUAUUUUUUUCUCUGAAAUUCCUAUCCUAUAUAUUGAUUUUCUAGGUUGAAAAUUUCUACAAUAUUUAUCGAAUAAGAAUAAACAUUACAUAAUAUUUGUCUUAUUUAGCUGAAACAUGAGCAAGAUACAGACCAUUAUUCGAUCCCUGAGAAAUGGACAUAGAUUAGUAAGGCCACUGGCUGCAGCGUCUGUGCCUGAUGUGGUGAGGCCUAUGAGGUUGUAUAGCAGCCAGGGAGGCAAGGCGCCAGAUAGUAUCCCGAGCAUUGAGACUAGAGCUCCGGGGGCGAGCAGUGAGAGCGAGAAAGAGGAUCAGCAAUACGAGGAGGAUGUGAAGGCUCGUAUCCUGGAGAAGGCGCUGGGGUUCGUGGGCGCAAGCGGCUGGUCCGUGGAGGCGCUGGGCGCGGGUGCGGAGGCCGCCGGCUACCCGGGCGUCUCGCACGGACUGUUCCCCAACGGGGGCGCUGACCUCGUACAUUACUUCAAUGUCAAGUGCAAUGAAGACCUCGUAUCUCAAAUGAAAAGCUGGCCUAAGGAGGAUCUAACGGAAUCGAAAGUCCCAACCAAAUUUGUAGAAAAUGCCAUAGUGACCAGACUUCAGAUGUUAGAACCUUACAAAGCCUCAUGGCCAAAAGCGAUGGCUAUUCAAGCUUUACCCAGCAAUGUACCUAAUUGCCUAGCGACCUUACUCUCAUUGGUAGACGACAUUUGCUAUCAUUCUGGAGACAGGAGCGUGGACUUCAACUGGUACAUACGGCGAGUGGGCCUAGCCGGCAUCUACAAGGCGGCCGAGUUGUUCUACCUCACGGACAGCAGUGCGGGCAACUCGGGCACUCGAGCCUUCGUGGCGGCGAGGAUACGCGACGCGCAGCUGAUACAGACCGCCAUGAACAUGAACCCCGUGUCCGUAGCGCCGCAGACUUUGACCGCUGCUUUUGUGACGGCCAAGAACAUUCUCGGGAUCAAUACACUCAAGUAAAAAACGAUUUACGAGAAUUUAGUUAAUCUAUAAAGUGGCUAUUUUUAUGACAAAACAGUAUUUUGUUCCAUUGAUGUUAAAUAAAUAGAUAAU